CUGGCCGAUAAAAUUAUAUUUUUAAACCGCCGAGACCCGAGAAUCGCAAGCAGUUUGAGCUCAGGAGCUCAGUAGCAUUCACCUUCUCUAUUGGUAAUAUUAUCGUCUACGAACAACAUACAAAAUGGUUAGUACCGCUCGUUUCUAUAAUAUUUUUGCAAACUUGUUUUUUUUUUUUUGUAAUUUAUUAUAUAAUAUUUAUUUUAUAUCUUUACACUGUAUACCGUUUCAAAGCAACGGAAAUAAAACUACAAUAAUUUAACCGAACAAUAUUUUCCAAUAUUAAAUAAAUUCAAGCCGACGUUUUAAAUUUUUUUCAACUAUAUUCGCGUUAUUAUUUAUGAUGCAUUCAUAUUUUAAUUAUCCCAGUUGUUUUAUAACAUAAUAUUAAUAUUAUAGUUUUAGUGUAACGUCAGGGCUAACUUUGGUAAGCGAUGCGAAUGGGAUUAAACAUGACUUAUACUUCGCGACGAACGAUGAGUGAUAAUUUUGAAAUGCAUGUUAAAUCCCAAUUCCAAUUGGGUAUCGCCCGUCGCUUGCCAACGUGAACCUGCAGGCUUAAGUAAUCACGCGGCUUGUAGAUAGUAGGUAUAAUUUGUUUCAGUAAACAGCCAUAGGAUAUUAUUUAAUAUAAUUUAAUAUAGGUUAUUUAUUACAGGUAAAAUAUGUGUAUUUAAUUUUCUAAAAUAUUUAAUAGGCACAUAUCUAAUAGUUGAAUACGUGUAGUCGCGAAUAGGAGAUCAGCAGCAUAACUAUUUUAAAACUUUUGAUAUUAUCGCGUUUAAAAUUGAUGGUUCGAUUUGGUUCAACGUGUAUAGGUACCAUUUUUAAAAUUUUUGAAUAUUUAAAAUGACUCAUAUUCAUGUUCAUAUUUAGACACGAGCACAAAAUUGAUCGCUGGUAAAAGCGUGUAUACUCACGUAACCUGUACAGGUUACCGUGUUCGUGUUAAUUUUUAACGCGCCGUUUUUUUAAUUACUUAUAUUUGUCAUAUUUGCAUUUAAAGAACGUCUUAAAAGUGCUAAUAUAAUUAUAUCAAAUCUAGCAGACCUUUAGCGAACAAUUGAAAAUAGUUUUUUUUCAUUUUUUAAUAUAUACCACAGUACCUACCUCCCUAUAUAGUUUUGUUCAUGUAGAAAACUUUUUAUAUGUAGGUAAAUCGAUUUUAUUUGUACAAUUUAAUAGGUGCAACCAGUGGUAAAGUGUAGGGGUGUAGGAGGACGGAAACCCCUUUCUUAUUUAAGGCAAAAUUAUUCGUCUCCUUUAUUUCAAGUCUUUGAAGUCCGAGGGGAUUAUAAAAACUCGAGUUAGUUAUAUUAAAAAUAAAUUCUUUAACACCUAAUGGAUUAUACAUAAUCACUCUGUUUAUUUUAUUUUUACUGAGCAGGUAUUUGUGUAGGAUAAUGUUUAUUUGCUAGGGUGGCGCAGUUUAUUUUUAAAUCCUAUUAGCAUACAAUUCGUGUAAACAAAUAUGUGCGGAAAAAGAACAUUUUGGUAAUUUGUCUCUAUGACGGUUUUAUUGAAAGUUUUGUUGGGUUAAGAUAGUUCUCUGGAGUACUCCUUGAUUUUCGAUAAAUAUAGUUAUCCUUUGAAGUGUUUUUUUAAAUUUUAACCAUUGGGUACAACGCGUUAUACCCAAAAAUUCAUUUCAAGUCAAGGAAUGUUAAUACUAUAUGGAUUGUAUAUGUACGCAUAAAGUUGGCAAUACGUUUUGUUAAUUGGACCAAGCUCGAUUUAUAUUUAGAAUAUGGCACAUGGAUGACAUAAAAUUGGCACACUUCCAAAUUAUUUCGGAUUUCAGCUAAAGUUAGGAAUUUUUUCGGAUUCAUCUGGGUUUAUACACUUAGGUAUACAUUUAUAAAAAUAAUCGACGACUAUAAGAUACUAUAGAUCUGAACAAAUAAACAAAUAUAAAUAUUAAACGUACUAUAACUACCACUAUACUAUACGUACUAUAAUAUACGUAUAACUUUAAUUAACUGGAAAUAAGAACGGUUAAGAACAAUUUAUACUCACAUUCGUUUUAAUAUUUUAAUUAGACGAGGGUAGGUACUUGAGAAUAUUUUCACUGAUAGUUACUAGUUAUUAUAAUUUAUAAUUGGACAUUUUUAUUCGAGCGAACUUUGAAUUAUAAUACAUUCAAUUUGAACAUUUUACUAUCGAUUGCUUACGGGAUUAUUUAGAAAAUCUAAAACAUUUUACAAUUUUAUGUGUAUGUUAAACGAUUUUAGAAUAUGAUAAAUAUUGUUUUGAUUAAAUGUCAAUAAUAAUUGUUUGUGUAAAUACCGCGCCAUAAAUAAUUCUGUUACAGUUUUAUACAUAUGCAACGGAAUGAAAAAAUUAAUUAUUGGGUUUUUAAUGUUUUGUUAAGGCAAACGUAAACGUUAUAUAUUUUAAUUUUAGGGUGACAAAGAGAAGGUAAAGAAGAAGAAGGUAAAGAAGGAGGAACUGAAAGAAGCUCCAGCGGCUGAAGCAGCACCAGCACCAGCACCCGAACCCGAAGCACCUCCCUCUCAUUCCAGCACAAAACACAGCAGCCGUAAGAGUUCAUCGAAGAAAGUCCGCAGAUCAGGCAGUAAUGUGUUCUCUAUGUUCACGACCCAACAAGUUGCCGAGUUCAAAGAGGUAAUUACUAAUAAUUAUUAACACACGCAAAAAAAAAAAAAAAAAUUGAGAUGAGACCACUAUUACAUCAGUUAUUUUUAACUUGUUCUUUAAAUAGGGUUUCUCGAUGAUGGACUGGGACAAAGAUGGCAUUUUGGGCAAAGAGGACUUGAGAGCCACUUGGGACAAAGUAGGCAAGCUUGUCACAGACCCUGAACUCGAUGCCAUGUUGGGAGAAGCUUCUGGCCCAGUUAACUUCACACAAUUGUUGACGUUGUUCGCAGCUAGAAUGGCUGACGGAGGUUUGUGUGAACGAUAUAUUGUUGUUAUAAUAUGUUGUUGAUAUAUUAUUAUGAUUUAACGGGUUUAAUAAUUAUACAGGUCAAACCGACGAUGACGAGACCGUUAUUGCUGCUAUCAAGUCAUUCGAUGUAGAAGGCAAAAUUGACAGUGAAAAGUAAAUAUACAUUUCGAAUAUUUCACUUUAUUAUGGUUUUAAACUUAUCUCUAUGUUUUCAGGCUGAGGUUUGGUUUAUUAAACUGGGGAGACAAAUUCUCCACACAAGAAGUCAAAGAUGCUUUUGACAACAUGGAAAUCGACAAGAAAGGCAUGAUCGACACCGAAGACCUCAUUUCCAUGGUGUUGGGAUCUGGCGAUGACGAAUAAUAUGUAUUUAUAUUAAUUAUUUAUGAAAAAACAACAACCAGUUUUUAAUUUAUUUAAUUUCCCUGAGUGUGCACAAAUUGUAUCAAUUAUUGGUAGGUAACAAUUGAAUAACCUGACGAAGAUUAUUAUGGAAAUAAAAAGGAUAUCCUCUCUAUACAUAUACCUACUUGUUUUUUUGAAUGCUGUUGUGUUCACAGUUUUUAACAGAAAUAUUUGUAUAACCACAUAAUGCAGAAAGAAUAAUUCUCGAGAAAUUAGAAAAUGUGCACGAGCGUAAAAAAAAAAAACGAUUGACGUAAAUAUUCAUAUAUUAUUGUCUGUUAGUUGUUUAAAUAUUAUAUUUUAUACAGACGUUAUAUAGACU